AUGGUCGACCCGAAUGCGGACCUGACAGCGGAAGGGGAACGGCGGGACGACGAGGCGCAAUCGUCGCCAGCGUCAUCUGUGUGCUACCAGACCCCAGACGCCGCCGCCGCUGCAAUACCAAAGGCACCGGUCGAAGGAAGAGAAGAGGAGCAGCAGCAGCAGCAGCAUGGCGAGUCGACGCCGAGUCAAGGCCAUGCAGACCGAGGGGCCACGGUGCCUGUCGACGACGAGAACGACUGCACGCCCCGCUCCGAGGUGCCUUCCGUCCCAGACGCCCUCAACGCCAGUCUCUUAUCGCAGAUUCACACCCUCGACCCUGAGCCCUCGUACUUCUCUCCGCAACCCCUCCGAAUCUACUCGUCGCCCCUUCCCCGCGACACGCCCGCCUCAACCAACCCCUCACCCAGCACGAGCGCACAUGCUUCACAGGCCUCCCUCACCACCGUCAACGAAGCCUCGCACUCGUCGACACCACACCCCGACCGCCCUGCCUUUAUGCGAGACCUCUCGAGUGCAUCCACGGCCAGCAACGUGACUGUACGAGCCAACUCGGUAGACCCCAUCCGCCCCGUCCACCCCUACACCCACGCCCUCCCUUCACACCAGCGCGAUGGGCCAGUCUACCCCAACCAGUCCUAUGCCGCUCUUCACCUGCAGCAAUACCCCCAGCCCCAUGUCCCGCCCAUUGUGCGCUCCCGCAGCUCCCAUCCCGCACACUCGGCCGCCAACUCGCUGUCCAGCCUGGGCGCCUUUGGCCUCUCCCACGAACACUACAGGGACAUCAUGGAGUCGGCUCCACGCACCGUUGGCAACUCUCCUGUGAGCAGCCCCGGCCUCUUCAACCCUACCAACCGACGCCCCUCCCAGGAGCCCGAUCAGCCCGACGACGGCACCUAUUCCACGCCAUGGCUCCACCAUACCCACAGGCAAGCGCCCAAGGAGACCCACAUUGCCGAUGUCCAGGCCGACCCCGUUUCUGGACGCAAGAUCGUCAAUCAGUACGAGAUCAUCGACGAGCUCGGUCGAGGUGUCCAUGGCAAGGUCAAGCUGGGCAAGGACCUGGUCCACGGCCGAUAUGUCGCCAUCAAGAUCGUCGACCGCUAUUCCAAGCGUCGACGCCUCGGCAAGAACAACAGCCAUGAAGACAAGAUCAAGCGCGAGAUAGCCAUUCUCAAAAAGGCCCGUCACCCCAACAUCGUCAGCUUGCUCGAAGUCAUCGACGACCCAGCUAAGAAGAAGGUCUAUAUCGUCCUUGAGCACGUUGAGUUGGGCGAGGUCAAGUGGAGGACCGAGGGUGCUAGGGAGAUCUGCCUCGUCGAAUGGCGUCGCUUCAAGCGUGAGUCUGAAGGCAUCUUCGACAAUGACAGUGCAGCACUGGAAGACGAAAGGAUCAUCCGUAUCGCUCACCAGAAGCUCGCCCGUCAGCAACGUCGCAUGGCCAGGGAGGCACACAUUCGUCGGAAAGACGGUUCCUCCAACCAGCCAUGGAGCCUGGAAUUUGCAACCGACUCGGAAGACGAGUACUCUGAGAACGGACGCAGUUCGGUGGCAUCCCACCGCGAAGAUGAGCGUCCGCUGAGCCGUGUGCAUUUCCGCGAGCGACAAGAUCCCGCAAGUCAUCAUGAAGACCACAUGGAGACUGCUUUCCGAUCGCCUGAGCCAGUGAACAACUCGUGGGCUGAUGGGCUCGAGGGGACUAUGUACGGUCCAUACGACACCGAGCUCAGCCGAGGUCGCGUACCGAGCGUUGCUGGCAGCUCCUCGUCUCGUCUGACCGACCCUGGCGAAGAGAUCCCUGAGCACUUCAACUACGUCCCCUUAAUGACCAUCCACGCUGCCUGGGAAGCCUUCAAAGACACUGUGCUGGGCAUUGAAUACCUACACUAUCAAAACGUCAUCCAUCGUGACAUCAAGCCUGCCAACCUUCUCGUAACCAGGGAGCAUCGCAUCAAGAUCUCCGACUUUGGUGUGUCCUACCUGGGACGGCAAAAGACAGACGAAAGCAAUGGCGAACACUCCGAGUCUGACUAUCAAGAGGUUGACGAAGCUAUUGAACUGGCAAAGACAGUUGGUACCCCAGCUUUCUAUGCUCCUGAGCUCUGCCGUACAGAGAUUGAUGCGGAGACUCCCCUCAUCGACGGCGGAAUCGACAUCUGGGCCCUUGGCGUCACGCUGUACUGCCUCAUCUAUGGUCGUGUGCCUUUUCACGAUACCAACACCUUCACUUUGAUGAAGGUCAUCAGCGAAGAUGAGCCCUACAUCCCCAGGUACCGGUUGAAGCCUGUCGCUGAGCAAUCAAACUCACGGCCCAAUUCACACGGACGCAAUAAUCAGCCGAUGAUGAGCAGCAAGAGAGCACCGCACGACCUCGAGUACGAAGAGGUUGAUGAAAACCUCCGCGACCUGCUCCGACGACUGCUGAUCAAGGACGCGCGUCGCCGCAUUACCAUACCAGAAAUCAAGCGCCACCCGUGGCUACUAUCUGGUAUUCCCAACCACAUCUCGUGGGCUGAAGAGACGGAUCCUAGCAAGUCCUACGACGGAAGAAGGAUCCAGAUUUCCAAAGAAGAUGUCGAGGAGGCCGUCGUUCCUAUUGGCUUUGUCGACCGCCUUCGCUCCGCAGCUAAGAAAACUUCAGAGUUUGUCAAAGGUUUCACAACGCGCAGUUCGGGUUCAAGACGGCGCGCACAGAGCUCAGCUACGAAUCAGGAUGCACCCCCAAGCAUCAGCGCAAACUCUUCGAGCAGUACCAUCAGUCAAGAUGCCCGGCCAUAUGAGGGUCGACGUGGUAGCCUAGCACCCGGCGCUAUCUUGGAGAUUUUGACACGCUCGCGUGAAGCAGAACAUCCACUCUCUCACAGUGUUACAGCAAGCCCAGAGGCAAGAGAACGGUCAAAGUACUUCGAUAGCCCCAACUCCCGUACUGCAUCGCCUGCACAGAACCUUGAGGGCCUGCAGCGACCCCAAAUGCAAGACCGCGCCCUGUCUUCCAUAAGUACUAUCCGCCAAGCGGAUCUGCAACAUACGGGUCGAUCAGCAUCCCCUGGUUUCCCUCCAGCUCUACCUGGCACUCCUAUGGCCUUAGACACACCUGGUGGCUCACAGUUGGGAGGCCUCUUCGGAGGUCUGCCUCGGCGUGUCGUUAACAGCAUGAGAAGCAAAGACAAGUUGAAGCCCCCAAAAGAGCAUAGCCGCGCGAGGUCAAUCGAUAGGCUUGUUGGCGGAGACGACGAUGCCCAUGGCGUGCCAAGCCUGGCAAUUAGCACCACGUGUGCUUCCGGUCAAGUCAAUCAACCUGACGCCCUGAGAGACUUGUCUCCUAUUGCUCGAAGCUCAUCGCCUAGUCAUUCGGAGGCUCCAUCUUUUGGACGUCUUGAUCCCUCGUCGCGGCAAUCUUCACUGUCAUCACUAUCGUCACGCCUUCAUAGAAACUGGGCAGCUAUCAAUAACCUUGAUGUUGGUCCUAGUCUUGCUAUGGCGCCCGACUCCAGGCGAUCAUCGCAGCUGCUUGAAACUGGUGACCAAAGGCCUUCCAGACCUUCCAGUCCUACUUCGAUUGCACGAGAAAAGUCGGAGGACCGUUUUGACCGUGCCAAGGAUGAGUACCGCCGUAGACUCGGGGUAGAACAAUCAGCAGCUCGUGAGAGGUCCAGUUCUGUUACACAACGGCCUCCUUCUUCUCUUGCCCAGACUGCAUGUCCUCCAAGCCCAGAUGAUGAGAUAGCCUUCCGUCAACAGAACGAUCAAGAAAGCUGGCACCGAAACGAUCAGUCCUCUGAGAAUAGCCCUCUCGGUGGAUCAAGCCGCGGUUUGGCUCUUUCUUCUUCCGAAGAUCAAUUCUCUGCAAUGUCUCAAUCUGAGUCAAAUCCAUCAAUUCCCUCGGUUGCGUCGCCCGGCUCCCCCAAUCAAGGUGCAUGCGGAUCGUUCGACGAGCACUCCUGGAUCUCUCCUGUGUCAGGCAAUCAGUUCGAAGCCUCCAUCGACGAUGCCGAUGGCUACGAUGGCGACCAUGCCAUCGAGAGCGAGGAAGAAGAUGAAGACAGUGAUGAUGAGCUAAUCAUGAGCUUUGCUAAGAAGAAGACACCAGUUCCAACUUCGUCACAUCGAAGCAAUUCAGUGUCUAAUGGCGAACUAGCUCGCGCCAGCUUUCAUCGCCGUCGAUCAACUCGGAGUGGGAGCAACGGGACAGUCAAGAAGGUUCCUCCACCUGAGCUAGAGCCAGCGCACGAUGACCGGACAGCCGAGUCACAAUAA